AGGUAGUUCCUUGCCGCCAUCCCCGAUGGAGGAGGAGGCCAACGCUGAAGCCGCGGAGGCUGCUCACGCCGAGGUUGUAGCUGCAGAGGCUGCCGAGCUGGUGGAAGAGGCGGAGGCAGACAUCGCAGCUGAGGCUGCAGACGCGGCCGACGAAGCGGCGGAGGAUGCAGCAACCGUGGCAGCAGAGGACGAACCAGUGGCGGAGGCUGUCGCAGAGAUCCAGGCUGCCGAGAUCCAGGCUGCCGAUAUCCAGGCUGAAGCCGAAGCAGCUGAAGCUGAGGCUGAGGCGGACGAGUGGCCCGCCUGUGUGGUGGAGGCAGUGGAUGCGCAGGCGGAGGCCAUUGCCGAACCGGACGAGCCGGCCAUUCCGGACAAAGUUGAGGAGGCCAUGGCUGAAGCGGACGAGCCGGCCGUCCCUGUAGACAAAGUCGCAGAGGCCAUGGCCGAAGCGGACGAGCCGGCCGUCCCUGUAGACAAAGUCGCGGAGGAGCCGAAAGAAAAGCCGAAGGACACGCCUUCGCAGCCGCCCGCGCCGCCCGCGCCGCUGGCGCCCGUGAUCUCGGCGACAAAGGCCCUCGCCGAGGCGAAGGCGAAGGCGGCGAGGGCGGCGCAGUGGAAGUUGGCGGCCCAAGAGCUGGAGGCCAAGAAGGAGGAGCUGAGGGCGGCCCUGCAGCAGCAGCAUAAUUUGAAGACGGCGGCCAAGAAAGCCGAGGCAGUCAAAAAGACGGCGGAGAAGUCGGCUAAGAAGGCAGCAGAGAAGACUUCGAAGGCAGUGAAGAAGAUAGACAAGGCGACAGGCAAGGCAGACAAGAAGGCUGUCGCAGCAUCAGACAAGAAGGCUGAUGUGGCAGCGGCAGAGAAGAAGGCUGUCGCAGCAUCAGACAAGAAGGCUGAUGUGGCAGCGGCAGAGAAGAAAGCUGUCGCUGUGUCAGACAAGAAGGCUGAUGUGGCAGCGGCAGAGAAGAAAGCUGUCGCUGUGUCAGACAAGAAGGCUGAUGUGGCAGCGGCAGAGAAGAAGGCUGUGGCAGUGUCAGACAAGAAGGCUGAUGUGGCAGCGGCAGAGAAGAAAGCUGUCGCUGUGUCAGACAAGAAGGCUGAUGCGGCAGCGGCAGAGAAGAAGGCUGUCGCAGUGUCAGACAAGAAGGCUGAUGUGGCAGCGGCAGAGAAGAAAGCUGUGGCUGCAGACACUGUGCAAGGCAAGAAGGCUACUGCGCCAGAGAAGAAGAUCGCAGGCAAUGUGACCGCCAAAGCAGCUGCGCAGAAAGGGGCAGUCACAGAGAAGGUGGCAGAGAAGCCAGCAGAAAAGAACGGCAAGAAGGCGAACGCGGAAGCUCAGAAGCUUGAGAAGCCGCAGGCGCAGAAGCCGAAAGCUCCGACCGAGAUGGCUGAGAAGAAGGCGCAGAAGCCGAAAGCUCCGACCGAGAUGGCUGAGAAGAAGGCAGCUGGAGCGACUGCAAAUCCUCUACACAAGGCGAACAAGGAGAAGCCUGGCAAGGUGGAAAAGGCAGAAGUGAAGGAGCCCGCCAAAGAGAAGGGGGACAAGGCCCGGGCAAAGAUUGUGACUGCCAGGGUGGUGCUCAAAGAGGCCGAGCCUUCGUCGCAGGGAUCGGAGCCUGAGGAGACUGCGGCUCCGUUCUGGCACAGUGACGAAGGAGAGAGCGAGAGCGAUGGCGACGAGUCAGAAGAGGAAUCCUCUUAUUCAGAAGGUUCCUCAGAGCCAAGAGGGCGCAAGAGGAGGUCGUCCAGUGAAAGCCGCAGGCCCACGCGCCGCCAGAGACAUAGAAGGAGGUCCAGAAGCCGGAAUCCCAGGCUGGUGCUCAAGCUGAACGAGAAUUGGAGCCAAGCCUUUGCGCUUACACAGGACCAGAGGCGACGUCGGCACCGUGACCAUCGUCACAGGCGCAGGCGUGGUCGACGCUGAAGCGCCGCCAGGCAAGCCCUUUUGCGAUGCCUUGUGCGGCGGAAGCGGACAGGCAAAUGAGAUUGAAUGCGCGCGGAUUG